AUGAUUUCUAUUUCUGACAUUGAGACAAUAAAUAAGUUUAUUCUUGAAGCUAAUGGAACCCUUGAAAGCAUACAGAAGGCUUUCGUGAGAAAAUUUUCCCAAGAAUAUGGUCCUUAUCUCUAUUUUUAUUAAGGGCUUUGCGAUAACAUAUUCACAAAAGGAUAAAGACUCCUAAUUAUUUACUUGUUAUAUAAUUCUGAAUUGAGACAGAGUUUAACAGAUAUAUCAAGUUAUAGUUAAAAUUAAUUUGAAAAGAAAUUCGUCCAAGAUCCAUAAUUUUAUGCUGGCCUUACAAUAAAGACCCUUUUAGAAGAAUAAGAUAAGUUGAAUAUGAAUGAUAAACAAUUAAAUAAAGAAUCUACGCCUUAGAAUUCAUCAAAUAAAUUGAGAAAUUGUAUAUCCAUAAAUAGUAAUCCGCCUUAAAAAUUGCUCUAACAAUAACAUUUGGACAGAUUAUCCCAAAAAUAAAAUGGAUUUGAUAUCGAAUUCUUAAGAUUGAUUCCAAAUAUUGUUUAAACUCGUUUGGAUUGGAUUGAUUUCUAUUAAACUCAUGAUCUUCAAUGGGAUUACUCAUUGUAGAUUAAUUCGGACAAGUUGAGUCAAAUUAAGGAAAUCAUGCAGAAAGCCCAUAUAGAAUAAUUGUCUGAGUAGGAAUUGAAGUAAUUUCAGGAGUAUUUGAAGAAAGACAAUAAUAAUUUAUUUAAAAAUAGUGGAUUGUUGAAUUUCAAUUUGAGUGACUUGAUUGAGAAGAACUUAAAUCUUGCCUUUUUCCUAUUUUCUAAGCAUUUUCCAAAUGCUGAAUUUCUGGAGUAAGAAUAGUUUAAUAGAAAUAGUUUAAUGGAUGCUAUGAUGACAAUUGAUAUUACACCAAAUGCUUUGGAGAUUAUGUGCAUGCUAAUAUAAUAAUUUCAUAUUCCCCAAGAAUACCUUAAUUAUUAUGUGAAUUAUUGUAUAUAAUUCUGCUCAAAUAUAAAAGAAAAAGGACAGUAAGUAAAAAUGAUCAAAUAUUUGACAAUUUUCCUUAAGCAUCUGAUCAAUAAAAAGAUGUUGAAGACCUAUGAGUUGUAGACAGAGUUGCAAGCCUUUUCCAUUGAAUUUUCUAAUAUAGGAGAAACAUCAAGUCUAUUCAAAUUGAUAAAGAAUGAUUAAUAAUAAUGA